AUGCCUCUCUUCGACCAGGUGUUGGAACUCGGCGACGACCUUCCCGCGCGCGAGAACGCCCCACCCAAGCGCACGCAGCUCGACAGAGCCUUCGAGCGCCGCGGCCCCGGGAGCCCCGGGGCGGGGCGCCCCGCCCGCGCCGUGGGGCUGAGCGCGCAGCCCGCCGGCUUCCGGGCCGUCGCGAAGGGCCUCUGCGAGGACUUCGGGUGGGGCGCCAUCGUCGAGAAGGAGGCGUGCCAGAGGGCCGCCUGGGAGAUGGACCUGCCGGUGAUAGACGCCGUUGACAUGAAUGUGUCGCAGUGGCCGAACGGCUGCAACUACUUCAAGAGUGCCAAGGACCGGGGAUACGACGCCCUCUUCCUGAACAGCAACCCGCAGUACAAGGGCAACGGCAAGUCCAUCACGGAUCUCGCGCGGGACGGCGUCAGAGAGGUCAUCUGCAGCAUGGACAAGGAGACGGAGGAGGCGCAGCUGGCGGCUCCAGGCGAACAGGGCAACGAUCCGCAGGCGUCUUCCGACUCGGAGCUGGAGGAGGACGACCCUUCGUGCAGGUAUGUGAUCGGUGACGAGGGCGGCAACAGCUGCCCCGACGGCUCCGUGCCCCUGACGGAGCCGCAGUGCCGCGAGCUCCCCUACCACUUCGGGGGCGUGCUGAGCGUGCCGCUCACGGUGGAUAGUCCUGACGAACCAAGAGGCUGCUUCUUCCACUACCCGAACUACCACUUCAACAACAAUUCCAAGGGCAGCAACCACAGUGAGAGGACCCCGUACUGCAGGCGCUGCGACGGCGCAGAGGCGGAGGGAGGCGAUGAGCACUCGUUCGGGGACUGGUCGGAGUGGAGGGAGAAUCAGAGGCUGAAGCCCUCGACCAGGUACCGCAGGGCGGAGACGUCGAACUGCGCGGGCAUCCGGAUGCACCCCAUCCACACGCUGAGCGUGUGCAAGAAGGCAUCCGAGGAGCUCGGCAUCCCCGCAGAGCAGGCCCACGAGCAGGCCCUGGCGGAGCGGCCAGAGGGCUGUUACUACCUCCGCAACUACGAGGACGGCACGGGCACCCUCUGGCUCAACAUCAACCCAGCCAGCAAGGGCAACGGCGCCGAGACCUCCGACCUGGCACGGGGCAAGCUGAGGCAGCCGCUCUGCUCGAAGGAGCGAACAGAUGAAGCUCGUUCCAGGUCUUCCUCUGCGACACUUAGUGACAGUGUCACAGAAGUCGCGCUCACGGACGACCUUGCCGAUCUGCAGGGCACCGACGUCAGCGACAAAGAUGCAGCCCAGCUGCCCAACGGCGACGCGGUGGCGCAGACGCGGUUCAAGAAAAUAGCCAACGGCACUUGCGCGGAGCUCGGCUUCCGCCCGAUCUUGACGAAGGUCAGCUGCAGCAUGGCUGCGCACGCCCUGGGCCUCGUCGAGACGGACCCCGCGAUCUCGGAAGCCGAGCCAGAGCGUCCAGAGGGCUGCUAUUACCUGCGGAACACGGAGGACCUCACUUCGACGCUUUGGCUGAAUAACAACAAGGAGAGCGAGGGGAAAGGUGGUGAGACGUCGGACUGGGCCAGGGGCAUCUUCCGCCAGCCCAUCUGCGACACCGAGCUUUCCACAGUCAUAACUUCCAGGAAUCACGAGAUCAUCUCCCAGGGAACCUGCAAUAGUAGCGGAAUGUUGCCCAUCCACAGCAAGGCCGCCUGUGAGGAGGCCGUCAGGGACCUGGGCCUGACCAGCUCUGGCGCGCUGGAGGACGACAAGCCGACGGAGUCGGAACUUCCGGACAGUCCUGAGGGCUGCUACUUCUACCUCAACGCCCAGGAUGGCACAGCCUCGCUCUGGCUGAACACUGCAGAAAGCAGCGCCGGCAAAGGUGCCGCCAGCGAUGGCGUCUCGUUGAGGCAGCCGAUCUGCGCGCGGCCGGCGCGCGGCGCCGCGCAGCCCUCUCCGCCGCCGGCGCCGGCGCCCGCGGCGGCGAAGAAGCCGGCAGCGAAGCCGACGCCCGAGGCGACGCCGCAGCCAGCGCCAGAGCCGAGGCCCAAGCCGACGCCCCAGCCGACCGCCACACCCACGGCGGCGCCGACGGCGGCGCCCACCGCGGACCCCACCGCGGCGCCGACCGCCGCGCCGACGGCGGGGCCGACGGCUGCGCCAACCGCCGCGCCGACGGCCGCGCCGACGGCGGCGCCCAAGGAACAUGGGGCUUCGAAGUCCGAGAAGAAGGCGAAAAAGGAGGGGGAGAAGAAGCACAAGAAGGAGAAGCGCCCCACGGCAGAGCGCACUAGCGAGGCGGCCCCGGCCUCGCACGAGAACGCGACCAAGAGUUCGAGGCAGCAAAAGGAGAAGCUGGACGACGAUGACAUCAAGUCGCUGGCCAGAUCCAUGGCCGCCGCGGCGAAGAAGGCAUCCGACGCCGCGGAGUCCAGGGCGUCCCCCGACGAGGCCCGCGCGCGCGGGCGCGUUCGCCCCCGCGCGCUGGUCCGCCGCGCCGGUGAGGAUGCACGGCUGGCGUGA